AUGAGCGCUUUUGGAGGGAGCUCCAAUCUAAAUGGCUCCCAUGUGUCCACCAGCGGAGGAGGUGGAGGAGGGGCCGGAGGCGGAAGUGGCGCAGGUGCUUCGGUGAGCAACAACCUUAAUAUUGCUACGGCCACCUUGACAGCGGCCCCGGCUCACGCCAGUGCAGGAUUCGGCACCCUCGGCGGACUCAGUGUGACCGGAAUGGGCGUGGGGGUCGGAGUGGGCGUCGGAGUAGGUGGGGGCAACUCGACGCUCAACUCCCUGGUAGUGGGCAACCGGCUGAUGAACAGCAGCCUGCCCACUCUGCUCAAAUGA